GCGGCACGCGCGAGCGUCCGGACCUUUUCCGCGCACCAGUGUCCGCCACCGCGCGCUGCGACCAACCAUUAAAAAUUGUACGUCUGUACCGUCGGCGUCGGAGCGUUAUCAGUCGUUAGCGUACACAGACGGUCAUUUCGAUUCGGCGGCGGCAAGUGGCAACACGGCGCAAAUACCAUCACCACCCGUUGUCGCUGGUCCGCAACUCAUCCACUGUGACACUGUGUACUGUGUAGUCCGUCGACCGUCGUUGUCUCGCGUUUUGCUCUCCAACACCGGACCACCCUUGACACCAGUACCGUUGACCGUUGUGUACCUUCUCCGUGAAUAAUAACCGUGUACUUCACUGUGGCUUUCGUGCAUCGGCGGCAGUGAUGGCGACUUUCGACCGGUGCACCGGCGGUGGUGCGUCAUUCGUCGGACCCAUUGGAAUUCAGGAUUUAUCUAUGAGUUAAUAUGGAUGAAUAUUGCACAGAAUAUGAUUUAAUGAUACACAGUAACAAGAAAGUUGAAAAACCAUCAAACAAAAGAAAUUCAUCUUCUGAUAUAGAAUUGAUAGAUGAAAACCAAUCUAUUAUUGAUUCUAAAUCAAGUCUACCAACUAGAAAACAAAGACUUAUUGAUUAUUUAACUACAACUCACACACCUGAUAAAAACAUAACUUCAAAUUAUAAAUUACACAAAUUUUCUUCUGUUAAUUUAAUUAAUUUUGUACCAAAAAUUGAUGAUUAUAACAAACCAGUGAAAGUUAAAUCCCAAUGGACCCGUACAAGUCAAAUGGAGUUAGCAUUAGAAAAUUCUACUAAUAAGAAUACUCUACCUGUAAACAAUUUAGCUAAAUCUGAAAAAAUCAAUGAGAUAUUUACAAUGGACCUUUCACCUUCAAAUAGUAUAAUUAAUCAAAUCAAUGAACAUACAGAUGACACUAGAAAAACCGAUAAAAAAACUGAUGCUAAUUCUAACUGUGAAAGCCAUUGUGGUGUUGUUGUAGACAAAUUCAAUGAUGAUUCUGUACCAGUAAAAAGAAAAAGGGGUAGACCCAAAAAAAGAAGUAAUAAUAUUACUGAUAAUACAUCAGUAAUUUCAAAUAUUGGUAAUCAAGAUCCAGUUAAAACAAAUUCAAUUGCUGAUAUGGAACCUAAAAAUACUGAUGAACCAAAAGUUAUAAAAAGAGGUCGAGGCAGACCGAGAAAAAAUGAAUUAACAUCAACUACUAUUCAAAUACCACCAAUUGUGUCAAAUUCAGCUCCAGCAAAAAAACGAAAAAGAACAAAACAAGGUUCUGCUGUUUUAAAGAAGCCAUGUGCAACAAAAUUAAACAAUGAUGAAUUUGAAAAUGAUGAAAUUAUUGAUUCAGAAUUGCACAAAUUAGGUCCAGGACAGCCUGUAAAGUUGUCUUCUAGUGAAGUAAUAAAAUCUUUAACUAAAAAAUUAAAUAAAAAUUUUUUGAGUUAUGAUACAACAGAAGUAAAUGAGAACAUUCCUGAAUCUGGUGAGAGAUCGUUUUCACCAAUCAUGUUAUUUCCAGGCGAUGGUAAUGAUUUUAAGUGUAUAACUAUUUCACGAUUUAAUGAUACAGUAAAAUCACCACAGUUUACUUCGGAAGGAUGUGAUACAUCAACUGACCAAGAAAAUACUACAUGCAUUAAUUUUUUAGAAGGAUGUGAUAACUCAAAUGUACAAGAAAACACUUUAACUGUUAAUUUUUUAGAAGAACGUGAUAACUCAAAUGUACAAGAAAACACUAAAUCUAUUAAUUUUUUAGAAAGAUUUGAUAACACAAAUGUACAAAAAAAAACAUCUGUUAAUUUUUUAGAAGAAUGUGAUAAGUCAAAUGUACAAGAAAAAACUACAUCUAUUAAUUUUUUAGAAGGAUGUGAUAAGUCAAUUUUACAAGAAAAAACUUCAUCUGUUAAUUUUUUAGAAGGAUGUGAUAAGUUAAAUGUACAAGAUAAAAUUGAUUGUGUUUCUGGUACAAGAAUUAAAAUCAAUGAGAUUUUAAGUGAAAGUGAACAAGAUGUGUUCUCUGAACUUGAAAAAGUAGACUGGAAUCUAGCACCUAGACGGAUUAGAUCAAACAGUGUUAAUGAAUCUACUAAAAUAAAAUAUCGGAGAAAUUCUCUUACUGAUAAUUUUGUGUACAACUCUCCAAAAAAAUCAAAAAAAAGUAUGUUUGAGGAUUUGAAGUCACUGAAAUCUUGGAAAAGUGUUUCUUAUUUAGAACGCGGACCAAAUAUACAGGUUGAAAGAAUAAUACAAAAUGACCUGGCUAAAAAAUUUAGAUCAAAGUUGAAACGUAGCAGAAGUUUUCCAAACUGUUUAUUUUUAGAUACAGUUAUCUGGAGAUUUCUAGUUCAAGAAUGUGAAUAUGAAUGUGAUUCAGAAGAAAAUUAUGAGUCGUCAUCAGAUUUGAAUGCAGAUUCAAAUUCAGAUUCUGAUGGAUGUGAAAAUAGUAAGCCCACACAGCAAUAUGAACAACCAGAAGAGAAAACCAACUAUAUGUCUGGAAAUUUAGAUAAUUUAAAUAUGUUGUGUUCUACUAAUGAUCUACCAUCAUUCCAAAUACCUCCAAACAUAAGCGAUUUGGAAAAUUCUGAAAGUGAUCCGGAGGAUCUCAGAGGUUCUGAUAGAUAUGAAUGCCAUUUCCUUGAAAAUAGUGAACCCUCAAACAUAAGCGAUUUGAAAAAUUCUGAAAGCGAUCAAGAGGAAUUUGAAGGCAAGAUUAGACGAUCUAAGCGAUUAAAUACAAAAUUUAAGGCUACUGAUAUGUUAGAGGAAGAAUAUUUAUUAUCAUCUGAAAAUUCAAAAAUUGACUCUUUACUGUUAGCUGAUGAAAUUCGAAAAGACAACGAAAUACAUUUAGCAGAAGCUAGAGCAAAUGACCCGGAGUUGGAUAAAAAAUUAAAAAAAUUGAACUUUACUUUAAUAACUAACAAUUUGUUCAGGCCUCAUAGGAGAAAAAUGGGUGAGUAUACACCAGCAGAAGCACAAGAAUUACGGAGACUAAAACCAAGGAUAAUUAUCAAUUCUGAUACUUAUAAAUGCCACUGUAAGUAUACAAGAAAAGACUGGAUUGAAAAAAAGCCUGGGUGUGCUACAGAGUGUUUAAAUCGUUUAUUGAAUAUUGAAUGUGGAAAAGCUUGUGUUUUGAAGUCUUUAUGUACAAACAAGCAAUUUCAAAAUAAACAAUUCAAACGAACUAAAGUUAUCAAAACUGCAGAUAAAGGCUAUGGUGUUUUUGCGCUUGAAGAUAUCCCAAGUGGAACAUUUGUUGAUGAAUAUAUGGGAGAAGUUAUUGAUCAAUGUGAAAUGAUAAUCCGAAUGAAAAAAACAUUGUAUAAAAAUAACAAUUAUAUGGUACAAUUGAAACAUGAUGAAAUAAUCGAUGCUACGCGGAAAGGAAAUAUUACAAGAUUCAUAAACCACAGCUGUGAACCAAACUGUGUUGCAGAAAAAUGGAAUGUGUUGGGUGAAUCUCGAAUGGGGUUUUUUAGCAAAGAGCUAAUACGAAAAGGAGAAGAAAUUACUUUUGACUACAGUUUUGAAAUAUUUGGAGAUGCUGCACAGCAAAAGUGUUAUUGUGGCACACCAAAAUGUCGAGGAUUUAUAAGCAAAAAGUCUAGAACAGGAGAUGAUCAAAGCAGUUGUUCUGAGGAUAAUGAUGAACAUGAAGAUGACAAUGUGUCGUUAAUAGUUAUACCAGAUGCAUGUUUGGAGAAAAAAAGAAAAGCAAUUAAGAAAAUAUCUAACAAGGAUAGAAAACGUUUACGACAGCUUGAUCAACAGUUAACGGAUAUCAGUAAAUUAAAAAAUAAAAACCGCUCAGACUUGGAGAGCUCAACAUUAAAUUUAAAUAAGCUAAUGGUUCAUAUCACGGAUUCAAUGAGUAGAUCACAUAUUUUGAAAUUUAUCCGAGAUAACGAUUUAAACUGUAAGAGGUUGUUUAUGAAUUUUAAUGGAUUGAAUAUAAUACAUAGUUGGAUGACUUCAAAUAAUAACAAACGUUUGAAAUUAGAAAUUGUUGAAACUCUAUCAGAUCUUCCAAUUUCAAACAGGAAUACAAUAACAAAAUCAAAGGUUUUGGAUAUUGUUUCACAAUGGGCUAAUAUUCCAUUAAACAUAAAAGAAAUGAUUGAAAAUUUAGAGUAUCCAAUAUCACAAAUAAAGGAACAUGAACAAGAAAUUGAUAAAUUGUUACCAGAUGUAAAAAAUAUAUCACCAUUAGUUAAAGCAGCAAGAAUUUUAUGGAAAAAAUGGAUAGUUCUGAAAAUUGUUUUUAAAAUACCAAAAUUAGAUCGUCCAAAAGAAGUGAACAUUCCUGAUGACGUUAUCCAACCACCAGUACUGUUUUCACAAACACAAACAAAUUCUGUUCCAUAUCAUUUUGGAAAUCCUGCAGUUCCUAAUCAACCUUCUAAAAUAAGUUAUGUGCAAAGCCAAGGUAAUGGUCAGACCAAUUCUGUGGAUUCAUUAAGUAAAAUAAUUAAUCAUCAAAAAAUUAAUCGAGACAAAAACAAAACGGUUUUGGAAUGGAAAAAACAAUGUAAUCAUCAGCCUUUUAAAAAAAAUAAGGUUAUUAGUCCUGCCAUGGUAAAUUAUUCAAUUAAUUCAGUUUUAAAUCCAAAGCAAAGCUCAACAUCUACAUUUAAAACGAAAAUUAUACACCAAGAUAUUCCAACGAUUGGAAGCCGCACUCUUAGUAAGAAUUUAAAAUGGAGUGACAUCACUGAAGAUAACUCAAUGGUCUAUGAACUUCCAACUGAUUCUUCUGAAAAAAUUAAUUCUACUAAUAUACUAAGUAUCGAAGUAAUUGAAACUGAACCAAUUGAAUAUUACCCUAUUGAACAAAUUUUAACUAUAAACCAAACAUGGAAUUUACCGCCUCCAACCAUUGUUGAUCUUUGUAAUGGAUCUACUCUGCAUUCUAUACUAAAAACAGUUCCUCCAUGUUUACCGAAUGACUUUAUUUCAAAUACGUCUGAUGAAACUAGACAAAGUUUAUUUUCUUAUGAUAUUACUGCUUGGUGUGUAAUGCGUCCGCAAAAUGUGAUGUAUGAUGCUCAACAUCCAAGCAUUCAAGAACAAUUAGCUUUCCUACCGAUGGACAUAACACUAAAAAAAUCAACUAAAACUCAAUUAAAUAUACCAAAUACUAAUGUAGAAAAAACAGAAUCCAAUAAAAAAUAUAAAGUGGUACAGCCACUAGAUGAAGAUAUGCAUAAAAAAUAUAAAGUGGUACAGCCACUAGAAGAAGAUAUGCAUAAAAAAUACAAAGUGGUACAGCCUCUAGAAGAAGAUAUGCGUAAAAAAUUAUUUAAACAAUGUGAAGAAAAUGUGCAACAAUUAAUUGAUAAAGGAAUAUUGAAUGUUAGUAAAACAGCUAGACAAAAUUAUGUAGAUCAGUCUCCAAUUAAAAUACUUCAAUCAUUUUUUAAUAAAAAACCAGUGAAAUCAUCAAAUGUGGCACCUGAAAACAAACCAAAUCAAUAUAUUUUGCCUAACUUAAUCAAACGCAUAAAAGUAAUUAGUAAUUGUUAUCGAAAUCAGCCAUCCAAAAUAAUUGAAAUAAAUAAUUUAGUAAAAUCAAAUUCUCAAAAAAGUAAAAAUGACAUAUUUAGAAUUAAGGACGACCAAAAGACUGUAAUAACUGAUACAACUUCAGCAGCUUUAAUGUUACAUAAUGAACAACUAAGUACUGUUCCUGAAACACUUAACUUGAAUAAGAUGUUCAAUAAUAAAUCGUUGAAAUUAAAUACAACAAAUAUAUUUGCGUUUAAAAUUUUGAACGGUUUGGUAAAACAUAAUUCAAGCAUGCCCCAAAAUUUUAUUCUCCAAUUACCAUCAGAUACCAAGAUAAUAACUCACAACCCUUCAUAUGAAUUAGAACUUCACUAUAAAUUAUUUCCAUCAGUAGAAAAUAUUUUGUGUGCUGAAUUAAAGAGGGGAGCUGGUAAAGACAUCAUAAAAGUGUACAAACAAAAAAUAGUCAUGAAAUAUGAUGAAACAAAAGCCCCAGAAUCAGAUAAUUUAGAUUUGAUAUUAAAAGAAAAUAAUGUUUUAUCCGGUAACAGUAUAAAAAUACCUCAAGUAAAAAAACAAUUAAAAAGAAAAAUGCCUUUGCCACCUUUACACAACAUAAAAAAUAAAAAAAUUAGUAAAUCCAGAAAUCAAGCUACAAUAAUAAAUAAGACUAAUGAUAAUACAGUUUUCAAAAAACCAAUGCCUCCUGUUAUUAAUAAAAACAGCUCUCAACGUAUUAAUACUUCCGUUACCAGCCAAGUGCAAGAACUAUCAAGUAUUGCGCUGAUUAAUACAAAUGCAAAUGAAUUUAGACAAAAACCUAGUACAUCAAGUCAAAUAAUACUAAGUACUGCUUCCUUAAAAUUAGAUUUGAACGAUUUCAGAUUGGAACCUAGUACAUCAGGUUGUGUAAAACCAGAUAUUGGUCCAUCAAAAAUAAAUCUAAAUGAAGUAAGUGAAGAACCAUCUAAUGAAUUAAUCACAAAUAUUACAACGUUAAAAACAAAUGCUAAUGAAAUUAGACAAAAACCUCUAAUGAAGUGUUUACCAUUCAAUAAAGUAGACAGCAUUUUAAUAACUGAACUAGAACAGAAUGCUAAACUUUUAGCCUCAACUUUAGCUAUGGAUUCCACUUAUGUCUUACCAUCAACAGAAGCUAAUAGUGAACUAAUUGACCCAAUCGUACAGAACUUCAAGAAUUCUAUUAGUCAAAAGAAAUCUAUGAUACGUGCAAAUCUUGUUGAUGAUCCUAUUGUGAGAGAUUAUAUACAACGUACUCAAUCAAAAUCGGUUGAUACAAAUCGUAAAUGUAAGCUACCAGAAAGUAUGAUGUCUUUACCUGUUGAGGUUCUUAACCUUGUACCAGACAAUCAAAGGGAAAUCAAGUAUGUUAUUGAUUUUUAUCACGCAAUGGCUACAGUUAUUGUCAAAGUAUUAGACUUGUAUGUGAAGAAGAGUUGCAAACAAGGGCGUAUAAAAAAUGAUGAUGAUUUCAAAUAUUUAGCUAAAAAGCUCAAUUCCAAUAUAUUAUUCAAAGAGCUUCAAGUUAAAAAGGUAGAAGAUUUAAGAAUUAGUGAUAGUGUCAAGCAAAAAGUUGAACAGUACAUUAAAAAAUAUAUGUUAAAAUAUGGAAAACUGUACAGAAGAAAAAGUACUGAUCAAUGAUCCUGUGCAAUAACAUUUUCAACCAAAUAUAAGAUAAUUUUUAUGGAUACUAUUUAUCAAAAUAGUAAAAUUUAUUUAUUUUUACAAAUUUUACUUUUAAACUUUCCAAGGUAAAUUAUUAUUAUUUUCAUGGUUAUUUAUAUUGUUUUAAAUGCAUUUAAUGUGUUUUGUUUUAAUUUUAGAUAAUAAGACAGAAAAAAUAACUAUUUUUUAUUAGCAAAGUUGGGUAUUUUUAAAAAGAUGUUUAUCUUUGUUAUACACAACUUACUGUUAACCAUAUUAUGUAUUUUUAAGAAGUUAUAUUCUAUACACUUUUGUAGGUUAAUUUUUAUGUUUUUUUGCAGUUAUUAUUUUUAAUUUAAAUGUUCAAUACUAAUAUUUUGAUAGAACCAAGAAUUCAUUGUUUUAAAAUUAUAUAGCUUCUUUUUAAUAUUAUACGCACCGAGCAAGUAUAAUGUAACAAAUCAGAGAUUUUUCCCAGAGUUAAUUUUUCUAACACACUAAUUUUAACAUUAAUUAAUCUUUUAAAUUAUCAUUUUAAAUAGUUUUUUUUUUAUAAUGAAGAAGUGUAACAUCAACUUAGUAUCAAAUUGUCAGUAUUUUUCCUACUUUAUUUGAUAUUAUUAGAAUUUUUUGAAUAUGGUUGUUAAAUAUACAUUGUAUUUAAAUCAAAUUUCAAUUUCAAUUAUUACCUUAUAUAAUAGAUAUUUUGUUUUUUAUUAGUAAAUUUUACACUGCCAUUUAUGAAUAAUCAAGAGCGAUAAAUUUUGUUGGCAAAGCAGACUCUGCAGACAAUAAAAAAAGAAUGUUAACCUUACAUUUAAAGCUUUUAAGUAUUGGUAUUCAUAAUUUUAACAAUGUUAACAUAAUAUGACAUUUGAUAUUCACAUUUUAUUUUUCCAAAACUCAAGUAGGCUACUUUUUAAUUUGUUAAGUAAUAUUCUGUUUUUGUAAAUAAUUUUACAUAGAGUACCUUUUAUUAUAUUUACAAGCGGGAAAAGUUUCUAUUUAAUAAAAUAUAUAUGCAAUACAAUUUUAGUCUUAAGAAAUGUCCCGCUGAUCUCUAACUUCGUGUAUAUUUUCAUAUGAAUAUAUAUGUAUGUGUGUUCUAUGAGUGUAAUUGUACAAAUAUUUAUUGAAAUGUUUAUUAUUUUUUCAAACUAUGUGUAUACUUGAAAAUAUUGUAUUUUGUAACUUUCUCUCAUAGCUCAAUAAUAAGUAAUUUUUCUAUUCCAAAGGUUUUUGGUUCAGUCAUUAAAAUACUGUUACAAUAGGUUCUUAUUGUGUAUACAUUUUUUGUCACCAAAUUGAAACGUUUUGUACUGGACAUUUUUGUUUAUAAGAAUAAAAAUCUUAUGUACUUAGAUGAA